AUGCUCUUACAGUUCAAGGUUUACUUGAUUUCUAUUAUUUACUUUUUAGGCAUCUUGUUUAUGAUCUUAUUUCCUCCGAGAAACUUUAGACAAUCAGGUGCAAAAAUACGUAAAAUUAGAAGCACACCGAAUGUACUAAAAUACCCAAAUUAUGUCGACCCCAAAGCCCUUUUGUCAAUAGCAUCACAAUUUUCAAAUGACGAGUCAGAGGUUGUUCGGACAGUUUUAUUGACCCCAAACACUUAUGAAAAUCGUUCAAUCGUUGCUAUUGAAUUACGAAGCGACAAACAAAGCAAAAAGCCUGGUGUGCUUGUUAUUGGAGCAUUAAAUGGGAUGGCCUGGGGUGCAUUGAAUGCGAUUCUCGAAUUGGCUGAUAAACUGCUAUUCGACGCUAACUACCAAACUCCGUUUUUCAAUGACUAUGAUUGGUACUUGAUCCCAACGGCCAAUCCCGACGGAAUACAAUUCACCCAAGAUAUACGUUCUCGACAACCUUUGGAAAUCAGCCAAUGGUCACGUAAUUUGACGGCCAGAUCAAAGACUAGACCGGUAGAGUGGCACAAAAAUGUAGACAAGGAUUUAGAGAAGGACACGUGCUUUGGAACGAAUAUAAAUCGCAAUUUUGCUUAUCACUGGCAAGACGAUGUCCACAAGAAACCAGACUUAUGUUCUCAGUCAUAUCCGGGGUCCAGGCCGUUCUCAACGGCAGAGUCUCAGGCUAUUCGAACAUACUUAGAUGGUCUCGGCGAAUCAAUACAACUGGCAAUACAUCUGCAUGCCAGUUUCUUGCCGAAAAAGGAAUAUAUACUAUAUCCGUGGCGGUACUCACUUCGGCAACCAAGCAAUUAUCGUGCAUUACAAGAAAUAGGGGAAUAUGCAGCUCGUCAGGCACGUUUACCUGACGGACGUCUUUAUCAGGUUCAUCAAGGCAGCAACGACGCACGUGUCGCGGGAACGCUCAGCGAUUACAUGUCUGGAGUUGUCGGCAUCGAUUUAGUUUUCAUUAUAAAGCCCUAUCAUGAGCCGUUUCCGAAUUAUACAGAUACCAGCUUACUGGAAACAUACGUCAGGAAAUCGAUAACGACCAUCCUGAGCGUGGUUCGUGGAUGGCGGAGCAGCACCAAACAAAACACACUGUCGUUUUUCGGCAAAGACGUCGAAUUCUGA